UGGACGAUCCAAGAAUGAAGUAAACCUCAUAUAUAAACUUAAGCUCGAUUAAUAAACAAAUUACUCAAGAACCAAGCUUGAAUACAAUAAAAUCAUUACUAGACAAAUUGAGCUUGCACAAAAUUUCAAUUCAGUAUGAAACUUAUAUUUGAACUCGGACUCACCUAAAUAAGCAAACUUAACCACAAAUAAUUAACUCAAUCGAGUGAAUAAUGCUCAACUUGUCUCGACUCAUUAACGCCCCAUCUUUAAAACACGCAAAUAGCCAACUAAGCAAACUUCAUUUUCAACGAGUUAGGCUCCCAUGUCAUCAUUGCCCCGUAAAACAAACAGGGAACAACGAUCAAUGCAUAUAACCUCCUUUUGCUCUCUUUCUCUCUCUUCUUUUCUCUUUCUCACACACAAUUUUCAUUCAUUCAUAUCCCUUUUUAGUUCUACUUUUUUUUUUCUUGCAAAAAAGCGUGCAUUGCAUUGCAUUUGCAAAUACUUACCCCACAUACAACUACUAUAAAAGUACCAAUUUAUACGUUCAAUUUCAUCUCUUUGAUUGAUUUUUCUCUGCUUUUUUGUUAAUCUGCAAAAGAUUGAUAAUGGGAAGAUUGUUUUUUAUCACAUUGGAAGGCCAGAUUUAUCGUUGCAAACAUUGCCAUACCCACCUGGGCCUCAUGGAUGAUAUCAUGUCUAAGUCAUUUCACAGCAGUCAUGGCAAGGCUUAUCUUUUUGCAAAAAUUGUGAAUGUCACUGUUGGGGAGAAAGAAGAGCGUCUGAUGCUGACUGGACUGCACACAGUGGUAGACAUAUUCUGUGUUGGAUGUGGCUCCCUUGUUGGAUGGAAAUAUGAGGCUGCAUACGAGAAGAUUCAGAAGUACAAGGAAGGAAAAUUUGUACUAGAGAGAUACCAGGUACUGGGUCCUAACGGAAAUGGAUAUAUACCCGCACAGGUACCUCAGGCCUUGAGUGACACAGAUAACACAGAUAACACUGAUGAAGGUUAAGCUCAUGCAAUUGGAGUACAUGACUCAUCUGUGUGUACAUUCCUUAAACCAUAUCAUAGCGACUCAUUAAUUGAUGGUAGUCUGUAAUCUCUUGUACUUCAUAGUACUUAAUAUCGUUAGGGUGGGUAAUUCUUGAAUGCAGUAAAGUAGCCGCUGCUAUGUUGUUUUUUGGUGAUUAGCGGCCAAUUGAUUUUGGCACAAUUUUAGUGCCCUCCUCUUCUGUAUCACAGAGUCACAGGAGUAUUAUUUUUGCUAUGUGAGCAAAUAACAUGUUAAUUUCAAGAUUUUGGCAAUUUUUCAUUGACU